GGGCAAGCGGACCGGCGGGCGGUGUCUGCGUCCCGGCGGCGGCCUCGGCGAUCGCACACCCGCGCGCGGGCAAGGAACAUGGCGGCGCUGGAGCCGGGCGUCCCGGCGCUCGCCAGCAGCGGGGGCGUGGGGACGCCGUCGGGCCCUGUCCCGGUGCUCUUCUGCUUUUCGGUCUUCGCUCGGCCCUCCUCAGUGCCGCACGGGGCGGGCUACGAGCUGCUGAUCCAGAAGUUCCUCGGCCUGUACGGAGACCAGAUCGACAUGCACCGGAAAUUCGUGGUGCAGCUCUUCGCCGAGGAGUGGGGCCAGUACGUGGACUUGCCCAAGGGCUUCGCGGUGAGCGAGCGCUGCAAGCUGCGCCUCGUGCCGCUGCAGAUCCAGCUCACUACCCUGGGAAAUCUUACACCUUCAAGCACUGUGUUUUUUUGCUGUGAUAUGCAGGAAAGGUUCAGGCCAGCCAUCAAGUAUUUUGGGGAUAUUAUCAGCGUGGGACAAAGGCUGUUGCAAGGGGCCCGGAUUUUAGGAAUUCCAGUUAUUGUAACAGAGCAGUACCCCAAAGGUCUUGGAAGUACUGUUCAAGAAAUUGACUUAACAGGGGUAAAACUGGUUCUGCCGAAGACCAAGUUUUCAAUGGUAUUACCAGAAGUAGAGGCAGCAUUAGCAGACAUUCCUGGAGUCAGAAGUGUUGUGUUAUUUGGAGUAGAAACUCAUGUGUGCAUCCAGCAAACGGCUCUGGAGCUGGUGGGCCGAGGAAUCGAGGUUCAUAUUGUUGCCGAUGCCACCUCUUCACGAAGCAUGAUGGACAGGAUGUUUGCUCUUGAGCGUCUUGCCAGAACCGGGAUUAUCGUGACCACAAGUGAGGCUGUUCUGCUCCAGCUGGUGGCUGACAAGGACCAUCCGAAAUUCAAGGAAGUUCAGAAUCUCAUUAAGGCCAGUGCUCCAGAGUCGGGUCUGCUUUCCAAAGUGUAGGAGAACAUCGAAGGACUGGUGGCCAACCCACCGUCAGGUGACAGGACUAGCCCCAGACAAGCGCUUGUCUCUGCUAGAAUUAAAAUGUUAAGUCAAAAUGGCUCCUUUUUUGCAGCUCUUUAGUAAUCCUCCCCUGGCUAGAUCAUUUGGGUACCAGCAUUUAGUGACCAGUGUCAAAGGCUCCAGGUGCUGCUUGCCUUUUUACUUAAUGGGCUUUUAUUUAUUAAAACAAUCCAUUGGAGGUGCCUGUUUUGUCUAUACCAUACAUACUGACAGUACCUUUCUGAAGUGCACAUUCUGGUGACGUUUUCUUAAAUUGUGUACUUCAAAGAAAAUCAUAUCUACCAAUAAUUGUUUGACUUUUAUAUCAUUGUAAGAUGUAUGUGACAAUGUUAUUGUAGAUUCAGUGCUUCUACUUUACAGGUUGCUUAAGAGUAUAAUACAGGAACAGGACUGUGAACCAUGUUCCUGCUUCUCUCAUGUUUUUGUGAGUUACUUUUUCACUGAGUUGCAUUGAUCUAACCAUAUCAAAUUAUGUUCAAUAAUUACAUAUCUUUCUUGAUUAUACUGAUUUUCUUACUCUGAUCAGCAUCCCUAACUCUCUGUUUACUAGUUUUGUUUGUUUGCUCUUUAGCUGGCUCUCUUUGACCUAGAAAAAAUUUAUUAAGUUUUGCUUAUUUUAUUUUAUUAUCUUUAAGUAGUUGUGCAAAAUGAUUUCAGUUCAACCUAUAAGUUUAUAAAUACAGUGCAUCUUGAUCAGUGCCACCCCUUUCUGUUGCAUAUUCAUUCUUUAAAAAGUAUAUGGAAAUGUAAUGCUAUGUAGCUCCUCCUUCAGUGGAGAGCUGUAGCUGUAAAGCUGUAGCUUUACAAUAAUUAGAAAUACAUCUGUUAAAUAGCACAUGAUUUAGCAGAGAGAUAAAAGCUGG